AUUGAAAAUGGCCACGAAGAAGUUUUCAUCUUUUCUAUUACCUUUAUUGAUGGUGUUUGCUUUUAUCCUUCCAUCAAUGAUUUCAGUCGAAGUAAUACCAUGUUUACAAGGAGUAAGAUGUUCAAAUGAUACGACAUGCAACGAAAUUUGCAUAUCUAAAGGAUACAGAUUAGGAGGUUACUGUCAAAAAUAUGUGGGCAAAAAGACUGGUCAUUGUUGUUGUCAUCCUAAUUUUGAUUCAUCUCAACACUCUUCCAUAUCUAAUGAUAUCAAUGUAUUAAUUCCUAAUUAAU